AUGCAGUCACAGCAGAAGGCUACGGCCAUUGAGCCCAUUGUGGCGCCUAUGACUCCCAAGAUCCAGUCGGAUCUAGAGCAGACGCUUCCUGAGGAUGAAGAUGCUCGGAAACUACAAGCACUAGGGCACAAACAGGAGUUACGCCGGAACUUCUCGACAUACAGCAUUGCCGCCAUGGGGUUUGUCAAUGGGAAUGCUUGGUCUGCGCUGGGUGGUAGUAUCCUUGUUGCCAUCUACAAUGGUGGUCUGGCUGGAGUGCUCUAUGAGUUAAUCGCAGUCUCCCUCGCGUAUGGGGUCAUCACCAUGUCCUUGGCUGAAUUGGCGAGCUCGAUCCCAUCAUCUGGUGGAGUAUACCACUGGGCCACCGUCGUUGCGGGUCCCAAGUAUGGCCGAAUCGUUGGGUUCUACGCUGGCUGGUUCAACUUCCUCGCCUGGGUGUUUGCAACGUCGUCGACGUGUGCCAUUCUCGGUAACGCGCUAGUGCAGAUGUAUUUGAUCAGCCACCCGGAAGUGGUAUGGAAGCCAUGGAUGGUCUUCAUUGCCUUCCAGCUGCUCAAUUGGCUGGGAUGCUUCAUUGUCUGCUGCGGGAACAAUUUUUUACCGAUGUUAAACUAUGUCGGAGCGUUUGUGAUGGUCAGCGGUGUCUUUGUGUCAAUCAUUGUGCUCGCCGCCAUGCCCAAAGUGCAUGCGACCAACGAGUUUGUAUGGCGAAGCUUUGUUAAUGGGACGGGAUGGUCGAACAACGGGCUUGUGUUCAUCAUGGGCAUGUUGAAUGGCGCGUACUCGGUCGGCACACCAGACUGCACCACUCACCUCGCGGAAGAGGUGAAACGUCCAGAAGUAGCUGUACCUAAAGCCAUGUUUUUCCAGCUCAUUCUCGGUUUUGCAACUGCAUUCGCUUUCGUCGUGGGCCUUGCCUAUUCCAUUGUCGACCUUGAUAGCGUCCUCAACAUCCAGUCCAGCUUCCCAUUGACCGGAAUUUACCUCCAGGCGACCGGAUCCCAGGCGGGCGCUGUCGGCCUUACCUGCGUUAUCUUCCUGGCGUACUUUGUUGCGCUCCCCGAUACAUUCAUCGCGUCGGGACGCAUGUUCUGGGCCCUGGCGCGUGACAGGGCAACCCCUUUCAGCGACUAUUUUGCUAAAGUUUCUGAGCGCUGGGACAAUCCGAUCCGAGCAAACGUGCUCUGUGCCAUUGUCACCACGUGCGUCGGGUGUAUCUACGUGGGAAACACCACUGCCUUUAACGCCUUCGUGGGGUCUUUUGUGGUCCUGACAACUAUCUCAUACGGCAUUGCAAUCGCCUCUCAUAUGGCGGCUGGCCGUAAAUCCAUCCUGCCGGGACCAUUCCACCUCGGUCGAUGGGGCUGGCUCGUCAACACAAUUUCGAUACUGUACAUUGCUUUCUCGGACAUCGUGUUUUGCUUUCCUUUUGUUCAACCCGUCAAUGCAGCCAACAUGAACUAUGUCAGUGUGAUUGUAGGUGGCUUUACAGCCUUUGUGACAUUGUGGUGGCGGUUCAGGGCGCGCUCGAAUUAUGAAGGUCCGAAAUACAUUCCCCAGAUCCUCGAGGGAGAAGAGGCGUUGCAUGAAGGACAAUCGCGUUCACCCGUCGAGGAUAAAGAGAAGGUGGAGGCUUCCGUCCCAUUAUAA